CGCACCAUGCCACGUGCCGGCCAUCCCCCGUCUUCCCUGGAGCAUAAGGCUGACCCCGGCAACCUCAGGACGAACCCUAGCACAUUUCCCUUCCUCUCCUCGAGCCGCCUUAUUCUCCACAACGCGGACCCGAACAUAGCCAUCGCCAUGGCCAAGCUCUUCACCGCGACUAUGAUCGUUCCCGGCACCUGAGGAGGUGUUCAUCAGCUUCCUCGCAGUCGACUACGUCAACUAUGCCCUCAGGAACGAGCUCCUCGCCCGGCAGCGCCCGGAUCGAGCCCGUCUUCGAUCUCCAAUCACCGUCGUUCGACGCAUCGAUCCACUCCGUCCUGCUGCUCCUAAGCCCUCAACGGCCUUUCUUGCGCCUCUCGGUUUACCUUCCAUGGAAAGAUCACAAAUUGUUUAUAAAGCUCAAGGAUUCUCCUUCCAUGGUGUGUGACUGGACAGGCAGCCAGCAGGUUGACGGCUGGAACAGCAAUACCAUCGUAAUAGCUGAGGACCUCAUAACGGUAGAACUUAGUGGCAGACAGUUACCAGCAGCAGCAUCCCGCGGGCAGGGUGCAGUGCAUCCAUGUUUCCUGGAAUCAAACGGAUGCAAGUAAGGGCUGCCGGAUCGAACUCGUCCCCGCUAGAUUGAAAUUUUCAGAUCGCUAGACCGAGAUGGAGGCGACGAUCAGGGGUUCCUUUUGUAAAUAAGCAUGGUAAAAGAAAGAAAGAAUAACCGAGAAACGUGAUUGUCCCUUUAUUUCUUCUGCAGAGAUAGAAAGUCAAUUAAACGUAAGAGAGUUUUUUAAGGGAAAAAAACUCAGUUAAUAGUUUGGGGU